UCAACCUCUUUUUUCCUCCUUUUCCCCACAAGAUUUUCAUCGGAAACACGAAUGGAAGCAAGAAGCAUGAUUACCUCAAAGAAGCUUAUCAAGAUGACGAGAAAGUGGCAGAAAAUAGCAACCAUUGGAAGGAAAAGAAUGGCUUUAACAAGGACUAAAAAAAACAUGGCUGCUGCAAAUCAUUCUAACAAAUCAUCAGUAGUCGAUAAUGGUUGCUUUGCAAUCUAUACAAUGGACAAGAGACGCUUUGCCAUCCCCUUGGCAUUUCUCCGCAACUGCAUUUUUCGAGAACUGCUCAAGAUGUCAGAAGAGGAGUUUGGACUGCCGAGUGACGGGCCUAUAACAUUGCCAUGUGAUUCAGUCCUCAUGAACUACAUUGUAUCCCUUGUGAAACGAGGAUUAGCAAAGGAAAUGGAGAGAGCGGUGCUCGAUUCCAUCGCUACGUAUCGCUGCUCGUCGUCGCCGGAUAGUUUUUUCAGUCAAGGACAUGGAGAUCAAGAAUCAACUUGUUUGCUGAUUCUAAGUGAAUAUGCUCAAUCAUGUAAAUGAUCCUGCUAUAC